UGCUGGGGAUAGGGCAGAUGGAGAGCCAAUCAGCAGACGCGCAGUGCUCUUUUAGCGCGACAUGACUCGAUAGUGAGCAAACUGUCUUGAACAAACAACCAAAACUUCACGGCUCGCGCAGCGCACGUCGCCAAACGCACAGUUACCUGCGCAAAAAUCUCGUCCAACGACCUCAUCACUCUAAUUAAACGAAGACUGAGGCUGUCACCCAUCCCGCUUCCUUCAUAGCAUCUAAAGGAGAGCGGCUUGGAUACAGCGCACUGACCAGACGUCAUGUCAAUGUUGCCUUCUUUCGGGUUCACCCAGGAGCAGGUAGCGUGCGUGUGCGAGGUGCUGCAACAAGGAGGAAACCUUGAGCGUCUCGGCCGAUUUCUGUGGUCGCUUCCGGCCUGCGACCAUCUCCACAAGAACGAAAGCGUCCUUAAAGCCAAGUCUGUGGUCGCGUUUCAUCGUGGAAACUUUAGGGAACUUUAUAAGAUACUGGAGAGUCACCAGUUCUCCCCGCACAACCAUCCGAAACUGCAGCAGCUGUGGCUCAAGGCCCAUUACAUCGAGGCUGAGAAGCUAAGGGGGCGACCGCUGGGAGCGGUGGGCAAAUACAGGGUGCGGAGGAAAUUUCCUCUGCCGCGCACGAUAUGGGACGGCGAGGAGACCAGCUACUGUUUUAAGGAAAAAUCCCGUGGCGUGUUACGCGAAUGGUACACUCACAAUCCCUAUCCAUCUCCCAGGGAAAAGAGGGAGCUGGCCGAGGCCACUGGGCUUACCACCACACAAGUGAGCAACUGGUUUAAAAACAGAAGGCAAAGAGAUCGCGCAGCCGAGGCGAAAGAAAGAGAAAACACCGAAAACAACAACACGGGCGCUAACAAACAGAACCAGCUGUCACCGUUGGACGGCGGGAAGUCCCUGAUGUCAAGCUCGGAGGACGAAUUCUCGCCCCCGCAGAGUCCAGACCAGAACUCCGUGCUUCUGCUCCAGAGUAAUAUGAGCCACCCCGGCGCGUCUGCGUACCCCAUGACCGGCCUCGGCGCCGCGCAGUCGGUACACGGCAUGCAAGGACACCCACAUCAGCUCCAAGAUUCAUUACUGGGACCUUUAACUUCAAGCCUGGUGGACCUCGGUUCUUAAGCGAUUAAGACUGGGUUUUUAUUUAUUUUGUUUAUUUUAUACCGAAUAGACUGAGAUCUGCCACUUUUACUGUAUAUAUGAAAAAAAAUGAACAGUAUAAAUCUAAGAAAAUCCCUUAGUUCUUCUCUGGUUUGCAGAGGAAUACUCAGUGAAAUGCUUUACCACGGUGGGCUAUUACGGACUGACAUUUGCCAAGUCGUUAAACUGGUCAGAAGACAAACCAAAAGCAGUUAAUAAAACGAUUCAUUUCUUUAAAUUCAUGAGACCUUCUUCAAGCAUUUCAUCAUGCAAUGUACUGUUUUGCACCAAUAAAAUCCGUCGAGACUAUACACAGUGGAAAUUAAACUUUAA